CCUGCUCCUGCUCCUGCUCCUCCCCAGGGCCAGCCUGAGCCAGGGGCUCCUGCUCCUGCUCCUGCUCCUGCUCCUGCUCCUCCCCAGGGCCAGCCUGAGCCAGGGGCUCCUGCUCCUGCUCCUGCUCCUGCUCCUCCCCAGGGCCAGCCUGAGCCAGGGGCUCCUGCUCCUGCUCCUGCACCUCCCCAGGGCCAGCCUGAGCCAGGGGCUCCUGCUCCUGCUCCUGCUCCUGCUCCUGCUCCUCCCCAGGGCCAGCCUGAGCCAGGGGCUCCUGCUCCUGCUCCUGCACCUCCCCAGGGCCAGCCUGAGCCAGGGGCUCCUGCUCCUGCUCCUGCUCCUGCUCCUGCUCCUCUCCAGGGCCAGCCUGAGCCAGGGGCUCCUGCUCCUGCUCCUGCUCCUGCUCCUGCUCCUGCUCCUCCCCAGGGCCAGCCUGAGCCAGGAGCUCCUGCUCCUGCUCCUCCCCAGGGCCAGCCUGAGCUAGGGGCUCCUGCUCCUGCUCCUGCUCCUGCUCCUGCUCCUGCUCCUGCUCCUACUCCUGCUCCUCCCCAGGGCCAGCCUGAGCCAGGGGCUCCUGCUCCUGCUCCUGCUCCUGCUCCUCCCCAGGGCCAGCCUGAGCCAGGGGCUCCUGCUCCUGCUCCUGCUCCUCCCCAGGGUCAGCCUGAGCCAGGGGCUCCUGCUCCUGCUCCUGCUCCUGCUCCUGCUCCUGCUCCUGCCCAGGGCCAGCCUGAGCCAGGGGCUCCAGCUCCUGCUCCUGCUCCUGCUCCUCCCCAGGGCCAGCCUGAGCCAGGGGCUCCAGCUCCUGCUCCUGCUCCUGCUCCUCCCCAGGGCCAGCCUGAGCCAGGGGCUCCUGCUCCUGCUCCUGCUCCUGCUCCUGCUCCUGCUCCUGCUCCUGCUCCUCCCCAGGGCCAGCCUGAGCCAGGGGCUCCUGCUCCUGCUCCUCCC